UUGCAUGCAACGUUCAGUAGAUCGAGAAAUCAAUCAGCUAAGAACCACAAAAGCGUUUGCCUCGUUUUGUUGGCUUUUGAUUUGAUUUUGAARAAGUCAAAUGUAAGAUAUUGUAAAGGGACCAAGAUGUACAAAUGCCUCUGUGUCAAAAAAGACAAACUCCUCAUAAACGUGACCAUUGCUAUGCAUGGUUUGUGUGUUUUUGUUCUUCAUUGGGUUUGAUGGUUUGUUUUGGUUUUCUAAAUUCAUUUGGUGUUCUACUGCCUGUAUGGAGUGAAGAAUUCAAAACUAGUAAAGGAAAAACUGCAUGGAUUGGCUCAAUUACAAGUGGUUUAAUCUUCCUUUUAUCUCCAUUUGCCAUCCAGUUGAAUUUUCAGUUUGGCGAAAGAGUUAGCGGCCUUUGCAGUUCUCUUGUUAUUGCAGGUUUGCUUAUUGCAAGCUCAUUUGUCACAACGUUUUUCAUUAUUUUAAUCACAUAUGGACUUCUCAUUGGAGUAUCCAUCAGUGUUGCUAUAAAUGCCUUUCUUUUUGUCAUAAAGAAGUGGUUUGUAAAAAACUUGGGCUUAGCUUUAGGAUUUGCUAUAGCUGGAGCAGGAGUUGGAACAAUUGCACUUAUUCCUUUAUUGCAAACAUUGACAGAUAGCUUUGGCUGGAGAAAUGCCCUUCGUUUUUUGUCAGGGAUAUGGGUCCUUGCAGGAUUUUUGUGUGUUUCCUUUACUCCAAAUGUUGAAAAAGACGAGGAGACCGUACAAAGACUUAAAAGAGGCUUGAGAGAUKUGUGCUCCAAUGUGUUUGAUUUUUCAUUGUGGAAAAACGGAAAAUAUACCUUGGGUAUGAUUGUAAUUUGGACCACGUUCUUUGGUUAUUAUGUUGCCAUGGUACAUUUGAUUUCGUUCGCAAAAGAUCGCGGUAUCUCUGGCUCAAAGGCGUCUCUUCUGUUCAUCAUUAUCGGUGCCUGUUCGAGUCUGUCUCGUGUCAUUGUGGGAAGAAUGGGCGAUAAAAAGUGGUUGUCUUCAAUGCAACGUCUACAAAUGUCUGCCUUUAUGAUUGGAUCUUCUUUAGUGCCACUAACACAGGCUAAAGAAUUUUAUCAUUUUGUUCUAUUCGCUGUGUACUAUGGAUUSGGUAACGGCGGUUUUGUAACAGCACAAAACUAUUUCCUAUUGACAUGUUUUGAUCAUUCUCAAAAGGACGCAGUGGGUUAUGGGAUGGGUCAGGUCACCAAGUCGAUACCCAUCUUGAUUGGUCCACCUAUCGCAGGAUUUAUGGCAGAUCACUUCAAGUCGUAUGUCCCAGCAUUCUACAUGAUCGGUAGCUUGGUGAUCAUUGUGAGUGCGUUGCCGUUCUGUCUUCUACUUGGGCGAAAGAAAACAGAGAUGAAAGAGAGAACUAAUGCGCAUAUGGAACUGGUGGGGAAACGCCUUGCUAGUGGGAAUAGCUCUUCGCUUCUUUAUGUUAAUACUGAAUGUUGAUAUCUGAAAUCGAUUGACGUUAGUUUUUCACCUAGCUUUAUCAUUUUGCUAUUUAUUCAUCCAAUGGACUUGUUUUAAAUGGAUUAAAAACACGAAAGAAGCAAGCUUAGAAACACGAGCGUAGCGA